CUGGAAGCGCCGGGCUCCGAGCUUCAGAGGAUGUUCCGGCUCUUACUUCCCAUGAGCCACUGGGCCCAAACUAACCUCCGUUUCUGGGUCCCUCUCCGGUGUCUUCGAGAUUUUUGGACUUUGCGCGGAGAAUCUUGACAGUGAAAGUGUCUCACUGUAGUGACGAGCUACAGCUACAAGAUGUUGAAGAGCUGCUCUGGCUUUUCUGGACUCUGUGCUUCACCAGUAGAGGAACCCUAUGGAGCAUUAAUUAGUUCCUGCAAUUCUAGAACCAUGACUGACGGCUUGGUGACAUUCAGGGAUGUGGCCAUCGACUUCUCUCAGGAGGAGUGGGAAUUCCUGGACCCUGCUCAGAGGGACUUGUACGUGGAUGUGAUGUUGGAGAACUAUAGCAACUUGGUCUCACUGGACUUGGAGUCAACAUAUGAGACCAAAAAUACAUUUGCAAAAAAGGACAUUUUUGAAAUAAAUUUUCCCCAACAGGAGAUAAAGGAAAGAAGUAAAACCCCUGGCUUUGAGGCAUUCCUUUUCAAAAAUAAUUGGAAGUGUAAGAGAAGAUUUGAGGGCCUCCAGGGACAACAAGAGGGAUACUUCAGUCAAAUGAUAAUCAGCUAUGAAAAAGUGCCCACUUACAGAAAACGUAAAUCUCUUACUGCACAUCAAAAAAUUCAUAAUCAAGAGAAACCCUACGUUUGUAAGGAAUGUGGGAAGGCUUGUAGUCAUGGCUCAAAACUUGUUCAACAUGAGAGAAUUCAUAUGGCUGAAAAACAUUUUGAAUGUAAAGAAUGUGGGAAAGACUUUUUAAGUGCCUAUCAACUCACUGUGCAUCAGAGAUUUCAUACUGGUGAGAAACCUUAUGAAUGUAAGGAAUGUGGGAAGACCUUUUGUUGGGGAUCAAGCCUUGUUAAACAUGAGAGAAUUCACACUGGCGAGAAGCCCUAUGAAUGUAAAGAAUGUGGGAAGGCCUUCAGUCGUGGCUAUCACCUUACUCAACAUCAGAAAAUUCAUAUUGGUGUGAAAUCUUAUGAAUGUAAAGAAUGUGGAAAGGCCUUUUUUUGGGGCUCAAGCCUUGCUAAACAUGAGAUAAUUCAUACAGGUGAGAAACCUUAUAAAUGUAAAGAAUGUGGGAAGGCCUUCAGUCGUGGCUAUCAACUUACUCAGCAUCAUAAAAUCCACACUGGGAAGAAACCUUAUGUAUGUAAAAUAUGUGGAAAGGCUUUUUGUUGGGGCUAUCAACUUACUCGACAUCAGUUAUUUCAUACUGGCAAGAAACCCUAUGAAUGUAAAGAAUGUGGGAAGACUUUUAAUUGUGGCUCAAGUCUGGUUCAACAUGAGAGAAUCCAUACUGGUGAGAAACCCUAUGAAUGUAAAGAAUGUGGAAAGGCCUUUAGUCGUGGCUAUCACCUUACUCAACAUCAGAAAAUCCAUACUGGUGAGAAACCCUUUGAAUGUAAAGAAUGUGGGAAGGCCUUUAGUUGGGGUUCAAGCCUUGUUAAACAUGAGAGAAUCCAUACUGGUGAGAAAUCCUAUGAAUGUAAAGAAUGUGGAAAAGCCUUUGGUAGUGGCUAUCAACUUACUCGACAUCAGAUAUUUCAUACUGGCAAGAAACCCUAUGAAUGUAAGGAAUGUGGGAAGACUUUUAAUUGUGGCUCAAGUCUGGUUCAACAUGAGAGAAUCCAUACUGGUGAGAAACCCUAUGAAUGUAAAGAAUGUGGAAAGGCCUUUAGUCGUGGCUAUCACCUUACUCAACAUCAGAAAAUCCAUACUGGUGAGAAACCUUUUAAAUGUAAGGAAUGUGGGAAGGCCUUUAGUUGGGGUUCAAGCCUUGUUAAACAUGAGAGGGUUCAUACUGGUGAGAAAUCCUAUGACUGUAAAGACUGUGGGAAGGCCUUUGGUAGUGGCUGUCAACUUCGUGUUCAUCAGAGAUUUCAUACUGGCAAGAAACCUUAUCAGUGUAAGGAAUUUGGAAAGACAUUUACUUGUGGCUCAAGCCAUGUUCAACAUGAAAGAACUAAUAAUAAUGAUAAACCCUACAAAUAUAAAGAAUGUGGGGAAGCCUUUAUAUGGACAGCUUACUCAAAUAAGACAGUUGAUGCUUGUGAAACUUUAUGAUUGAAGAGAUGUGAAAGAACAUGUUUUUGUAUGUGUACAGACAACUUACUUAACAGGAGGAGAAGUCUUACUCUUGAGAAACGUUAUGAAUGUAGGGAAUGUGCAAAAGCCUCACCUGUGUAUGGACAAUUCACUUGAUACCAGAAAAUUCAUACUAGUGAGAAAUAUUUUGAAAAUGAGGAAUAUGAAAAGGCCUUUUGACUUCUGUAUGAUCUUAUUGAACAUCUGUACUGAUGUGAAGCCAUUUAAAUGUAGGGAAUGUGUAAAGAUCUAUAUUUAAUUCAUGGUACAAAGUCUCAUAAACAUUGGAAAAAUUAUGCUCAUUACUCUUUAAGGGAAGGAUCUAAAUUUAAUUUGGUUCUUGCCCUGCAUAUCAGAGAAUUCAUACUGCUGUGAAAUCCUGUGAAUUUAAGGAAUGUGGGAAGACUUGUAGACAUGGUAAACAUCUUAGAAUACAUCAGGGAAUUAAUGCAAAUGAGAAAUCCUUUGAAUUAGAAUUGUAGGAAGGAUUUUAGACAAGUGCUACUCAAACUAUUGGCCAGAGACUUUUUGUCAGUCCACAGAAUUGUUACCUGUCAAACAUGAGAUAAAUGCAGAAAGUGAGAGUAAGUGUCUGGAAACUUUUAUAGCAAUUUGAUAUUGCCAUAACAUUAUAUUUUACAAAAGUAUCAGUCGAUGAAUGAUUGGAAAUUAAAAACAAAAAGUUUGUCCUUUCAUAGAUAAUUUGAGAGACAGCAUUCACACUUUUUAAAACAUGAUACAGGUCACAAUGUGAAUUAGAACAAGAAAUCUGUCCCUUGUUACCUCCCUGAUUAAAGUAGCAGAAUAUUCAUUCCAUGGGAAGGUUUGGCUAAUGGGGGAAUCACAAUUUCCUUCUGCCCAUAAGAGCAUAGAGAAUUUAUACCAGAUAUGUUAAUUUAGUGAAUGUAUAGAAGCUUUCCAACACUAUUCAAUCUUUGUUAAACUUCAGCAAACUCUUCCUAGAGAAUAACCCUGUUAAUAUCACAAAUGUAGGAAACACCUUAUCCAUGGCAGAAACCAUACUUAUUUUUUUUAUUUUUUCGGUACACAGGCCUCUCACUGUCGUGGCCCCCCGUCGCGGAGCACAGGCUCCGGACGCGCAGGCUCAGCGGCCGUGGCUCACGGGCCUAGCCGCUCCGCGGCAUGUGGGAUCUUCCUGGACUGGGGCACGAACCCGUGUCCCCUGCAUCGGCAGGCGGACUCAACCACUGUGCCACGAGGGAAGCCCAACCAUACUUAUUUUUAUCACCAUUCUACCUCCUUAUUACUCAUGGGAUGUUGGGCAAACUGCUUAUGCCCUCUGGGUAUCAUGUUUAAAAUGCUGGUGAUGGUAGCUCUGUAAUAGUGCUGUUGUAGAGAUUGGAUGGAUGUAGUAUGGGUCAAAUCAUUGGAAGAGUAGUAUGUAGCCUGUGCUCAAUACAUACUAUUCUUAUUAUUAUCAUCAUAAAUAUUACUACUGGUGAGGUCUUAGGAGAGGAAUGCCCGUUUUGUAUAAUGAAUUUAGAAAAGUACCCAUAACCACUCAUCCAUUUGAAUUUCAGAUAGUGCAUUCUGGAUAAAAGAUCUAGUAAAAUGUAAAGAAUUUGAGAGGAUUUUUAUUAAUAAUUUAUCCCUUAAGCUGCAUCAAAAAUUAAGACUAAAAAGAAACAUUUUGGAUUUAGUAAGUGUUAAGAUGUUGGGAUUAUACCUGGAGAAGAAUCAGAGAGAAAUGUGAAGCAAUUUGCUGUAAUGAAUCCCAAGAGACAAGUGGUAAGUAAAAUUCUCCACUCACUUUUCAAGGUAUAUUAGAAAUUAAAGAGAACAAAAAGAAAACUGUCCAUUUUGGAAUUCUUUACCAAAAG